CUGCUUCAUACUUGCUUCUUUUCGGUAUUUCAAUUGCGGCAUUUUGGGCUGCACAGAUUACAGGGGGGUCCUGGCGAGUGCCAUUUGCUUGGGUAGCCCCGGUUGAAAAUGCUGCCCAUCCUUGGGCGCAACGCAGCCGGGUCGGCGCUGGCCCGCCUUGCAGGCCUGCGCUGGGCUGCUGCUGCGUCUCAGUCCAGCCGGGACUACAGCAGCACGCUCAUGACUGCGGAUAAGCUUGGCCCUGGAGGUCGCUCGUCGGUAAGCGGCAUUACUGCCACCGUUUUCGGUGCAAACGGAUUCCUGGGCUCGUACAUCGUCAACGAGCUCGCCAAGCGCGGCUCUCAGGUGGUGUGCCCCUUCCGGAGCACGGAGAACGAGGCGAUGCACCUAAAGCAAAUGGGCGACCUGGGCCAGAUUGUGCUGCUGCCGGAGCUGGACAUUCGCAACGAUGACGACAUCAAGCGUGCUAUUAGCCGCUCGAAUGUUAUCAUUAACUGCGUGGGCAUGCGCCUUCAGACUAAGAACUGGUCGUUUGAGGACGUGCACGUGGACUUCCCCAAGCGCCUGGCGAAGCUGGCGGCGGAGACGGGCCAGGUGCAGCGGCUGAUCCACUUCAGCGACAUGGGCGCAGACGAGAACCACAAGUCCCUGCGCAUGCGCACCAAGGCGGUGGGCGACAAGGAGGUGCUGGACGCCUUCCCGGACGCCACCAUCGUGCGCCCCGGCGACAUCGUGGGCAUUGAGGACCACUUCUACAACUACCUCAUCUACCAGCUCACGCUGACGGUGUUCGCGCCCGUGGUGGAGUCGGGCUCCAACAAAAUCCAGCCCACCUACGUGCUGGACGUGGCGGACGCCGUGGCGGCGUUGCUGCGCAAGCCCGACACCGCGGGCAAGACCCUCUACUUGGGCGGGCCCGAGGUGCUCACCAUGCGUGAGGUGUACGACCUGCUCCUCAAGACGCUGCGCAUCUACCGCGACGACACCGUGCAUCUGCCCGCCUGGGCCGUCAAGGCCAUGUACAAGCCCUUCGACUCUGUGCGCCGCAUGCUGCCGGGCCUGCCCAUGACCAGCCCUCUGGCGACGGAAGACUACGUGGAGGAGAUGCUGCGCGACAAGGUGGUGCCGGCGGGCGCUCUGGGCUAUGCCGACCUGGGCAUCGUGCCGCAGAAGGUCACGGACGGCCUGGCGAUUGAGCCCGUGCGCCACGCGCGCGUGGGAGGCUACCGGUGGGGCGAUAUGUCGGCGGUGGCCAAGGACAUCCCGGAGUCGGUCCGGAAGUACUACAACAUCAAGCAGUGAGGGCGCAGACGCAUCCAAGCACAGCACUGGAGGCGCCACAGCGUUAUGUGCUGUUGGUCUUGUGGCGGCACUGCGUGCCGGCCGGAGCUUAUCUUAGACAUGGCUUAGGAACCUAGAUAGCAUAGCAACAUGACAACAAGGUGUGGUUUGUUCAUCGGGUCGCGUCGGGGCGGUGAGGUUGUGAUAGGCGGGUCGCUUUGUGUUUGCGGAUUCGGCGUGUUGACUACCGUGGAAUGUAGGGUGAGGCGGGUUAAGGGCAGGGCCCGAAACAGCAUUUGGCUUCUGAACAUAACUUGUAACUCUGAUUCACA